UACUUUGAUGUCAUACGCCGACCAGUCUGCGCAGCUCAGCGUUCAGUGGAAAACGCCUGAUGUUUGACGGUGAUGAUCAGUGUUGUGUUCAGCUCCGCUCUGCAGCGCGCGGAGAAAAACACGCACAGCACCGGUCUCAGUGAGAGGAGGUGAAGUCAAGGACUAAAAAUGCCGGUGCCUCCUCCACCUCCCCCUCCUCCGCCCCCCACCCUUGCUCAGGCCAACACGGAGAAGCCUGCCUUAAAUAGAACAGAGCAACAUGGCAGGAACGCUUUACUGUCAGACAUCAACAAAGGAGCGAGGCUGAAGAAGACUUCGACCAAUGACCGCAGCGCCCCUGUAAUCGACAAACCUAAAGGUGGGGGGGGUGGAGGCGGUGGCGGUCCAGGAGGGGGAGGAGCCCCAGCUGGUCUAGGUGGUCUGUUCCAGGGAGGGAUGCCAAAGCUGCGCUCCUCUCGAGAUGAUUCUGUAAGCGUCAGGCCUCCAGUUCUGCCCCCCGGUGCUCGCAGCUCCGGUCCACGGCCUUUUGGAGGGGGAUCUGCCUUUGCCCCUCGUCUACCUGUGCAGCGCAGUGAAUCUUUUGACCCCCCGCGACCCCGUAUGACCCCGCCCCGGCCCGAAACACCGGGAGGGCCACCUCCCCCUCUUCCCAGCGCCCCACGGCCCUUUCAGAGUAGGGGACCCUCGCUUCCGGGGGCUCCCCGUCCGGGUUCCACAGCAGCCCCUCCACCUCCUAAUCCUCCGGGACGACAGCCUGCACCUCCACCCGUGCCAGGAGGAUUCGGUCGCCCUCCCGCUGUCCCUUCACCCGUGGGCCACGCUGGAAGGCCCCCUCCACCCCCUGCCCCCGGUCGCGGUGACGACCGCCCUCCGCCCGUUCCUCCUGGAAAUCGUUCUUUGCCCCUCACUCGGGACAGCCCACCUCUUCCACCUCCUCCGUCAUCAAGUAGUAAACCGACUCCUCCUCCGGCUCCUUCUCCGGCCUCGUUGAGGGCACCUGUGAGCACCGCACCUCCGCUGCCCCCGGGUCGCCCAAGCCCAUCUACUCCAGAGGAGCACAUACCACGGCUUCCUGAGCGGAACCUGUCACUUGGCUCACAUCCCCCCGCUCUGCCACCCGGGAGGUCAGGGCCCCUUCCUCCGCCACCUUCAGAGAGACCACCCCCAUUGGGCAGGAAUCCAGCGGGGCGGACAGGACCCCUUCCACCUCCACCUCCUUCUGGACGUCCAGGUGGAGGAAGUUUGAGGUCAUCAGCAGCUCCUCCCCCUCCAAACAGACCAGGUAUGGAUGCUCAUCGUGGUGGCAGUAGACCGCCGCCUCCACCGGACCGACCCACAUCAGGACCACUGCCCCCACCUACCCCACCCAUGGGUAACGGUUACCACAAUCAGGGACAUCAGACAGAUGACUGGGAAUCUCGCUUCACGUUCCGACCCAUAUCGGAUCUUCCACCCCCAGAACCCUACUUCCCCUCUCAGAAGACGUAUCCUAGUAAAAUUGUCAAGAAUGAAAACCGAGGUUCAGGAAAGAGAGAAAGAGGUGCACCCCCUCUGCCCCCUAUUCCUAGGUGAAAGCAACUCAGGAAUCAACCAUCCUUCCCUUCUCCCAUUAUAUCAUUUACUCUGGUACUGGCUGUAUUCAUAUUAUUCCGCCAGAGUAGUUCAAAUAUUCAGAGUGCUUAAAAAUUAAUGGCAAAGACAUGGUGAAGUUGCUGCCCGCUGUUCUGAAGACUUUCUAUAAUUUCAUGUUUUCGUGUGCUGGAGAGUUUCGUGAAAUGGCUCUGAGAUACUACAGCUAGACGUUGCUUUAUUUUCCAGUUUGUCAUCGUCUAUGAGAGAUGUUUGUGUGUUAUGUUUUACGUUUGUUGAAGGUCAUUUCUAAUCCACACAGAGCAUGAGGUUUUGGGCAAGAGUCUUUGUCAUCUUUGUAAUUUGAUUUUAAGGUCCUGUCAUUGACAAACAAAGGCGUAUCCUUUUGGGAACUUUUUGACUGAGACUCUUUGGCCCCCUACAGUCCAUUUGUCAUAUUACACAGUAUUCAUUAAACAUUGACAUCAAAGAUGAAGAGGGAAUUAACUGGAUGUGGAGGACAGUGUCAGGGUGAAAAAGCCAUAAAAGUACCAUGAAACUUAGGUGUGUAUGUGGUGAUCCUUUCACCAGAUUUGUUGAUCUAUGCAGUAAAUAUAUUUCACUCCUUUUUUGAAUGAAGGAUAAUUUGUCUCUACAAUUUCAUGUAAGUGUGUUUGUUCUAUAUUAUGUAUUACAUGUGUGAUGACAAUGUGUUUAAUAAGCAUUUUAUGAUGUAUGCACUUGCUUUUUUCGUUUACAUUAUUAUUGCUCAGUGUUAGUCGUAUGACAGAUGUGUGGAGCCUGUUAGAAGUGUACAGUAGUAUGUUAUAUCCGCCUGAUGUGCUUUGAUAUGUAUUUUUACAGCUAUGUUGCCUUCAUUUUUAGUUUACAUUGAGAGAAUAAAUGGCAAAUGUCUUCUAAUUCAAGAUUUAAAGAGAAUAAAGUUUGAGACUGACAUUGAAAUUAGUUAUAUAAACAGUGGCAUAGCAUUUAUUAGAAGCAUGUUAAAUUAGAUUAGAAAGAUUUAAAAGUGAUGACGAAGAAGAAUGAUUGUGUAACCAAAAUGAAAUAGAAAAAUUAUUUGACGAUAACAUAUAAUGAAGGAUUCAAAAGUGUAUGAUUCUGUUUGCACAGAUGCUUAUUGCGGUACAGUUAUUAUAUGUGUUAUAUUGUGUCGUUUAAUUUGUUUAUGUUUACUUUGCUUUUGUUUGUUUCAGACUGUUAUGUGCCCAAUAUGUUAGUUGAAGUAUAUAUGAAUAGUAUAUCUGUAUCUACACGUCGUUUUACACGUACUGUUAUAAAGAGCUUAUUUUCAAUACUGAGACGUUAAUGGCACAAAGAAUGCAAAGUGGAUUAUGCUCUUUGUUAUUUUAAUGCAUUUGUAUUUUUUCUUUAAAUAAAUAAAAGCAAGGAAACAUGCGAA